AUGGGUUGUUGCUUGAGUGCAGCUAAUCAAAUUAAAGAACCUGAAAUUUUGAAUAACAAACCUAUCCAAAUUAGUCAUCCUUAAAUAUAAUAACAGGAUAUCCAAAAUAAUCAAGUUAUUGAAGAGGAUAUAAAUGAAGAUGAAAGGAAAAGAUAUGUGUAAAAGAAAAAAGACGCUCCUCCUCCUUCCAAAUACCCUAAACCAAUGAAAAAAGAUAUUCGUGAGGAUAUCCAAUUUGAAAUCCCCUAACAACCUAUAGAACCUUAAAAACCCAAAUUACCUAGAAAUUAAAAAUUGCACAAAUUAAUCCAACUUGGAAGGGAGUAUGUUGGAUCACUUCAUCAUAAUUCUGAGACUGACAAAUAAAUCAUAAGUGAAAUUGAAUUGUAAACCUUUGAGAAGACACUCACCUUGGAAGAAUUGAAUAAUAUAUCAUAAAAGUAUGAGAAAUCAUUGACUGAAAUUCUAUUUUUAAAGUGUUGUACAGGCAUCACCUUGCUUGAACUCAUCCUAAUUAAUAUUGAUAAUUUUGAAAUAAUAACCUAUUUAUUGUUAGAGCAAAAACUUCAUAUAAAUGAUGAUCUCUAUUACAUUGCAAUUAGAAUUAUAAAUAAAAUUAAACCCCUAAGAAAAAGCGACAACUAAGUUUAAUAAUAGAUUAAUUUUCUAAAAGCAAUCAGAGAAUCCAAUCAAGUUCGUGAAUUAGUCCACAGAAUAGAAUCAGUUACGCUUUUUAAUGGAAUAUAAAAUUUUGAGUCUGAAUUUAACUUUAAAAAUCGUUAUCAUCUCAAAUUAUUAGGAACAAUAGUUAAAAUACUCAAAAAUUUCUAAAUAGAUUCAACCCUUGAAUAAAUAUAUUGUAAUGCAAAGAUUGAUCACAAUUUCACUAAUUCCUGCAUUCCAAAAUCUAUACCAAAAGGUGAAAGUAAAUAAGUAAAUUCUUGUAAAAUUGAAUUGAAAUAUCUAAAAAUGAAUAUAUUUCACUAGAUAGCCUUAAAUAAAGAUUGGACACUAUUUAAAUAGUACUCAAAUAACUACUACCAAUAGCCAGAUAUUUCUGGAAUGACUCCUUUUAUGAUCUUUUUUGAAAGGGCUCCAAUAAACAUUAUAUUAGAAUAUAUAACAGAUUAUCCAUCACAACUCAAAUAGGCUAUUAAGUAUUCAACAAGUUAGGGUAAGAAUAUCGCACAUUGCAUUUCUAUGAAUAAGGACAUCUCAGAAGAGAAUGAAGCCAUCCUUAUGAAUAUCUUGUCCCAACUAUCUUCUUGUGGAUCAGAAGAAUAGAUGUUAAAAUAAUUACUACUAUAACCGUACAAUGAUUUUAUUCCAUUGAUUUCUUAUUUGGAUUCACAUAAGGUAGGAUUAAAUUCAGUUUGUCAAUUUUUGAGUCAAUUUAUUACAAAGGAGUUUGAUUUAAACAAAUUGCAUAUUCAAGCUAAUAUUCAUUCAAAUCAAAUAAAAAAUUAGCGUAGAAAAGAUCUUAAACAAAAUGAAAACAAUGUUUAUCCAAGUUUGUAUGAGAGAUUCUAUCGUUUUAAAAAAUACGGUAAAACUUUAGCAAAAUAAUAUCCAUAAAAAAAACCACUUACUUAAUAUGACAAUGUUUACUUACAUUAUAUUCAAUUAGCGAAAUAGGUAAUUAAAAAAGAUUUUAAAGUUAAAUUUGAUUGGAUUAAUAAUUUUAAUAUUUACACAAGUUACUUCCCUUAUGAUAUAGGAACUACAUAAUAGUCAUUGAUGAAUAUGUUAUUAAGGAAUGGAAAUUCAGAAUAAGUGAAAUAGGGUAUUACUUAAGUGAUUUAGUUAAUGGAUUCUGGUUUAAAUCUAGAUGUUGAGACCCCAAACGGAUUUUCUCUUUAAGCAUAACUUUUAGCAGAAUUAAUUAGUUUAAAAAGAGAAUAAAAGCAGUAUCCAUAUCAGACAGUAUUUGAUAUGAUUGAUUCAGUAGUGAUAGAAUAAAUAAAUCAAUAACCAAAAUUACUAAUAGCUUCAAUCUUUGGAAAUACUGAUUUUAGAAGAACAGAAUAUUAAUCAAUAUAUUCCUACUUAGUUUAAUUAAAGGAUUAAAAAUUAUUAGAAGGAUGUCUAACUGCAUAACUGUUAUUUGAUAUAAAUUAAAAUACUAAAUAUGAAUUGUUGAUGGAAGCCUUUGAAUUAAAGUAAUUAAAUUCUAAAGAUCAUUUGCUUAAGAAAAUAUUAGAUUCGAUUUAAAUUAGAGCUAGAAUUCAUCUGACGACAAAAAAAGAUUCAUUAGAGAUUGUAUUAAAUGAUAAAUCAUAACCAAAAGAAGAUGAGGUGAUCUAUACUAUCAAUUUCUCAACAUUAAUUUAACUUGAUUUCUCAAAUUAUUAAUCAAAAAGAACAAUCAUCCAGCAGCUAAAGGAAAGUGAUGAUAAGAAAGAUGAUCAAUAACACACUUUUAGAGUAAAAAUUUCAUAUCACAAUAUUCUUAUUUUUUAUUCUUAAUCGGAAUCCUAAAAAACUUUUAUAGAAAUUCUCAAACAUAAACAUUUUCGAUCCUUCACUAAAUUUUGGAUUUUGAAAGAUAAAAUCAAUUUUCAUCCACAAUUAUUUAUAAAUGAGGAUUAUUUUCCAAACGUCACUAUUGAUAAUCUAACAGUAGACCAAUAUGAAUCAGCAUUCGAUUGGUAAAUUUUAGGAAUCAGUGCAAAAAUUAUAAAUUCAACCUUUCCUAUAAAAGAAGAUAAAUUAACUCAUAAACAAAAAGUUAUUAGAGAUUAAAUUGUUGACAAAAUUGAUUUUGUUAAUGCUUUAGCUCAAUCGAAUAAGCUUAGUUUGGAAUUUCAAGGUUAUAUUUAAAUUUGUCAAAAAGAGCAUAAAGAUAGAAUGAAUUUAAUAUACAAUAUUUGGAAAAUGAUUGAAGCAGAAGCGUUUGACAAUAUUAUGUAUUUAAAUUCUCUUCUAACACUCAGAUAAUAUGAUCACAUAUUAAUAACCAUUCAUACUUUUUUAUUUUAAAAGAAUAUAAAAAGGUAAACCUGCUAAUGGGAUGACUAGGAUGUGUUAAAAUAUAACUAAAUACUAUCAAAAUUAUUAGAUCUGAAAUUUCCUGAAAAGGAAGAUGAUCAUUAUAAUCCUAUUCGAGGUUGUAGUUUGAACAUUAUAACAUUGUUUUCACCUCAAAAUUGGUAGAGGUUUAAUGAAAAUACAAAAUAUUUAUUCUAUUCUUAUAUAAAAGAAUGGAGUUAUAGUUAAGAACAGCAUCUUUGUGUCUUAUUAAGUAGUCCAAAAGACUAAUAAGUUAUAUAUCCAAUAUCCUAAAAUAUUAUAAAAAAUAAGAAAAUGCCAAAGAAUCCUAAUUUGAUCAGUUUAAUCCUAGAAUAUUAUCUGAAAUAAUCGUAUGAUGAGGAAGAGCUUGGUCAAAUUUAAAAUUUUUUUAUCACGUUAUUUUAAAGCUCAGAACAAUUAGCCCUUAAAUAUUUAAAUUAAAUGAAGCUAAAAAAAAAUUAAAUUUAUAUUCUUUAUGGAAAUGUUUUGAGAAAAAGUUAAUCAACCAAAUCAUUAAAUUAACUAUUGCACUUUUGUGAGAAUAAUUCCAUAGUUCUUGAUAAUUAAAUAUACUAAACACCGUUAAAAUGCCCAGAAGGCUUAGAGAAUUAUUAUAAAGCCUUGUCUAAACCCUAUUACAUAGUUUUUACUUUGUCUCAGUAUUAAGAAUUUUAUAAAUAAAUACCUUUGACUAUGGAAUAAAAAACUAAACAUUUAUAAUUAUUCCUUGAAAAUGGGCUACAUGAAAAAUUAUAAUUUAUACUUAGUUAAGGUGAUUUCAGUUUUGAAACAUAUAGUACAGCAUACUUUUAAAUGGUAAAAUCUUAUUUAGAGGAGUAAUUAUCUAUCAAAUUUGAUAAUUAAGAUACAAAUGAAGAUGAAGCAGAAGAGAUGGAUGAAAACGGAAAUUAAACUGUUAAAAAAACUAAUAAAUAUCUAUUUUUUGAUCUUAAACCUAACGAAUUAAAAUUCAAAUAAUUGAGAAAUAAAAAGACUAAACUGGAGUUAAAAUAGGAGGCUUAAAAAAUUGUUGAUGAGUUUUGCAAAACCAAUAAUAUGUCUCUUCUCAAAACUAAGUAUGUCAAAAAAGUACACAAUAUACAAAAAACAUUAAAUCAUUAACAAAAUUAGAGUUUUGGAAGUUAAAUGCAAGAUAGAUCGCCAUUAUUUAUGAAUUCAGGAGGGUAGAAAGUAGAUUUUCUUAAAUGCAUUGAAAUAGUGUAAAAAUAAUUUAAUCCAAAAAAAGUUAAAUCUAAAUAAAUAAUAGCAAAUUAUGAGUAUUACUCCAAUUUAUUAUACCCAAAGAAAUAAAAAAUUGAGAAAUAUCAAGCCAUUAUUACAACAUUAUUGCAAGUAUUUAAAGAGAACAGAUUUCCUAACAGUUUUUUAUCAUCGAGAGCACAGGGUUAUAUUGAUUUAUACAAUGCUAAUGCCAAUUUGAAAUAAGCAGAAAUAGAAUUUGAAUUUCCUUAAAGAUUCACAUCAUUUUAGAAGUAAUUUUUCUUGGAAAUUUUAUUGAGUUUGAGAAAUGAGUCAUAAAAUGAAACUGCUAAUCUGAUUUUAAGUUAAUAGCAUGAGAAUAUGAAAUGUGUAAAGUUUCUGUAAAAGAAUUUAAGUGAAUUAGAAAACAUUAGAUUCAAUAGCACUACUUUGUAUUAUGUAACUAAAUAAGUAGAGCUAUUAAAAAGUAAUUCAUAUUCUUCGGAGAUUUUCAAUUAUUAUAAAGAAUCUGAAAAAAUAAAGACAACAUUUUACAACUUGUAAUACACAUCAAAUGAAUUAACUAAGAAUCAAGUAUUUCUUAGAAAGGGUAGACAUGAUCACAUCACAAAAUAAUCAUAGUUUACAUAGAAUCAUUUAGUAGCUGCAAUUAUGAGCAAUAAUUAUGCCUCAAUUACUUAUGCAUUGAAUCUACAUGCCGAACCUGUAAAAUGUGGUUUAACAAAUAAUGUAUUCUAAAUUUUAAUAAUUUAAUAAUGCGAGAAUAAUAUCAUUAAAUAUUUCAAUUCAUUUGUUAAGGGAAAAGUAUAAGCAUAUGAAAAAUUAUUAUCACUCAAUAACAUUCCUAUACUAUAUUACGUAUUUUUCAAAAAAAUGGAGAAAGUUUUUGCGGAAUGUUUUCUUGCAUUUUUAACAAAUUUGAUAGGUAAGCAAAAAACUUAUGAUGUAAUUAAAAGCCAAUUGCAACUAUCUUCUAAUUUAACUGAAUAUAAGGUCUAUUAAAUUGCUUUAAUGAAUAAAUGCUAUUAUGUUUUGAACUAUUUGGAUGGAAUCAUAACACAGGAUGAUUUGAAGUUGAUAAGCUCACCAUAUAUUCUGAAAUGUCAGAUUCGUCCUGAUAAAUUAGAGGAAAACUCGAAAGAAGAAUAAUUUUAUAAAAAGUAUUUUGAAUUGUUAUCAUUGGCAUAAUAAGAACUACAUUGGCCUGAAUUUGAAAGAAAAAAGAAGAAAGAAAAAUAAUAGGAAAAUAAAAAUAAAGUUGGAGAAGGAGAAGAAGAAGAAGAAGGAGAAAAAAAGAAAAAACCAAAAAAAAAGAAAAAGAAGAAUAAAAAGGGUAAAAAAAAAGUUACUUCUAAAUAGAAAACCCUUCCUAAAAAAUCAAACAGUUUUUACAUUAAGGAUAAAUAAAUCAAUGAAUUAAUUUUAUUUGAAUAGGCUUGCAUAAAUUCAGUAUUUAAGUUGAAAGCGGAAAUUGAAUUAAAAAAUACAAUGUUAUCUUUAGCCUUAAGUGAAAAUAAAUGGGAAUGUUUGGAAAAGUAUAAAUAUCCAGAGCAUCUGUUUAUAUAAUUAAUUACUGAGUAAAAAAGCAAGAAUUAGAUCCAAAAUUUAGACUAAAGCUUAUUUCAAAAUAUCUUUAAAAAUUGUCUUCAAUAUUAAAUACUUAAUAGUAAAUUGGUUAUUGAACUUUGCCAAAUUAAUCCUCAAUUGCUUUUAAAAGUCUUAAAAGCAAUACAGGUAACCUUAGAUAUAGCCGUGAUUUUAUAUGCUAAAUUGAAAGAUACUCCUGAACUUGACAAUUUCUUGAGUUAUCAUUCCAAAAUGUACAAAGAAUACAUAAGAAUUCCUCAAAAUGGAGUGCCUAUAGAAGAUGAAGUGAUUGAACAAGAAGAGGAGCAUCCUAUACCAAGAGAAUACAUGAAACCAUCUGUAGCCUAUAUAUUAAUGUUAUUACAUAGUAUAAAAUAAGACAAUUACAAUCCUAACCUAUUAAAAAAGCAAUAUAUUUCAAUUCCAUUGUUUUAGAAAACCUACGAUUUACUUAAAUAACAAUUAAAUUAAUAAAGUCUGUCAUAGAUAUAGUUUACAAACAAUACCUUGUAAUUUUUGAAGGAUUUCUCAGAAGUCACUUUAAAUAUUGAGAAGGAUCGCUUUUUUGAAAGUCUUAAUUUUUAAGAAAAUGCUCUAGAAAUUGUAGUUCUCAAAAGCAUGAUUUAAAUCAAGUAAAUCGAAACAAUUAUUGAAAAUUUCAAAGCGUAAUGUUCAUGGUAGGGUUAUUAUUAAAAGGAAAAAAAGCAUGACAAAUAAAUUAAGAAUAGAUUUUAGAUUUACUUUGGUGAUGAAGAUAUAAAGUUUUCUUCUGAAUGUUAUGAAAUCUAUUUGACAUUUGAAAACAAUCAAUUCAAUUUAAGCUAAGAUAAAAUUGACCGAAUUUUAACUUUCUUUAAAUAAAAAGAACACAAAAAAAAUUUAGAUGAGUAACCUAUAUUGUUGGAAAAUAUAUUAUAGCAUAAAACUGUUAAUAAUAAGUAGGUUAAUUUAAGUAAAUUUGAUUUAAGGGCUUUGAAUUCAAUUGAUUUCGAUGAUAUAAAUUAUGAAAAUUGCAUAAAUUAAAUAUUAGAAUUAACAAAACCUUAAGGAAGGUGUGGAUAAUAUGAAAUUGAUGAUUUAUUUGCACCUCAUCAACAUGAAUAAAUUAGACAACCUGAAUUGUCAUAGCAAAUGUCUAUUUAACAACCAGUAUUAUAGAGAUAACAAUCUUCAUAAAUGGGUUAAUCUUUGGGAGCUUUAAGUUUAUCUAAAUAGGUUUCCACAAGUAAGAGAUAGAAAUUACGAGAGGAUUUCCAGUUCAUGUUAGAACUCUUACCUGAUAAUACCUAUUAAGUGCGACAGAGACAUAAAAAAUAGAAUCAAAAGGAAAUAAUCUUUUCGGAAUUCUAUUAAUUCUAAUAGCCAAAUGUUAAGUUAAAUGUAAUUAAACUAAGUGAAAAGGAAUUCAUUGAAUAAUAUGACAGUCGAAAAACAAUCUCAAUUUUAGUUUAGGAUCUUUAUAAAUAUAAUGAAUAUUUAGGUAAUUUGAUUGAAGGGUAAAAACAAUUAGAAGAAUGGGUUGUUGACUUUCCAUUUUAUAUUUAGAAUAAUUCAAUCAAAUUUUCAGAUUGUUUAUUUACAACCUAUAGCAUUUAAUGCAUUUUUAAUAAGCUAUUUAAUUUUGUGGAAAAAGUAAGAACAUAUUCUUCAAUUGACAAAAAGGACAAUUUGAAAUUAAUUUGGAGAAUCAAUGCAACUUCAUUUUUGGAGGUCUUUAUAAGCAAAUUAAUUGAUUAACAGAGUUAAAAAUAUCCUCUAGUUGAAAUAUAUUCAUUGAUAGAUGCAUUAUUGGAAUGGAAGAGCCUAGCUAUGAUUUUCAACACAUUAAUAUAUCAUAAUUUGGAAUAGGCUUAAUAAGUGUUAAAGGUAAUAAGGGGCGUGUAUGUUGAGUUUAAUGAAAUUUCUGAUUUGGCUUAGUAGCAUUGCUAAUUUGUGGAUACGAAUUGUCAUCUUGAUAAAACAUUUUUAUUUGGUAAUACCACUUAUUUGCUUUAAAAUUAGAUCUUAAUUAUAAGGUUGAAUGUGAAAAUUGAACCAAACUCCUCAUAAAUAACUCAGAUAAAAAAUAAUAUAAUGCUUCCAGAUACUAGAAUUUAAUUGUAUUACAAUAAUAUCCUUAACAUUUAUGACUUUUUUAAUUAGAUUUUCAGCGCUGAUCAACUUGUUUAAUUUAUUUUUAAUAAAUUAUAAGUUGAUGGAUGCUUGCUUAAUUAUUCGAAUGAAAUAAGUUCACUCAUCAAUAAAACAGUAACAUUUUCAGUGGAUCAUUCACAAUUAUAAUUUAUAUUUUCAGGAGAGAUUAUGAGAGUGAUGUCAAUAAAAAACAAUGAAACGAGAUUAAAAGAAUUUGAGAGCAUUUGGUAUAUUUUAAAUAAACUUUAUUGUUAUUUCACAACGGAUUUAUAUAGAUAUUUGGAAAAUUCAUUCAUAAACGAAAAAUUCAAUACUAUGUUUUAUAUUAGAUUGCAUUGUCUUUUGAAUUCUAUUAAACAUAAAAAGAAUUUAAAUGAAAUUUUGAAUUCAAAUACUAGAUAGCUUUUUAAAUCUAAAGGAGGAUUUGUCAUAGAAAAGGUGUGCAACUUAAAUAAAUAAAUUUGCUCAACAAAAAACUCAAACAUAGAUUUGCAAUUUGGUUUUUAGUUGACUACUUCAUUUUACGUUAGUAAUUGUAAAUUAGGUGAUAUUUGUGCAGUAUUUUAUUCUGAGAAUUCUAAAUUAAAUUUAAUCUUUGGAUAAUUGGUAUGCAAAACAAAACCAGGGAGUUUGAUAUUUCAUAUUUUGACUGACAAUCUACCAAAAGGUUAAGAGGAGAUUGUAAGAUUGUAAUAAGCUUACUAAAUAGGAAUGAAUAACUAAAGUGUAUUGUCCAUUAGUUUAGAGGAUCUUCAGGCCAUAGUAUUAUUUUAAUCUAACUGGCCUAGUGAUCCCUUAUUUAAUAAUAGCAUUCUUAACUUAUUUAUCACUGAUAUGGAGAAAGACUUAUUCAUUUGUAAUGAGAAAAACUUCAUAAAACAUAUGAUCGAAAUAUAGAAUGAAGUAGAUGAGAAUGUUAAAUAGGAAAAAAUAGAUAAUUUAUUUGGAGUGGGCUUAGCAUCAUCCUACAGUGACAUUACAGUAUCAUAAAUGACACCUACUUUUGUAGAUUAAAUCAACUUCGAUUUUAUCUCAAUUAAUUCUUUAAAAAGAUAGCAAUCAGUGAUACAACCAAACACUGUUUUUAUCAGAAUCAAUGAAGAUACUUUUGUAGUAGAUCCCAUACCAACCUAACCGAUAAAUACUGCGUGUUAUUUUGAGUCAAAUAUUAAGGGUUACAAAUUAUAAGGGGAACUUAAUAAUUUUGUAAAAUAACAUGAGGAAUUUAGGGAAGUAUUUCUUAUAUUUGAUGAUGAACUCGAUAAUUAAGUAUAUAGAGCAGCAGACAGAAUAAUAGCUGAAAAUUCAGGCAUAAUCAGUUUCAUUAAGGGUUAUGAACAGUUUUUAUCAAAUAAAAACCAAAGUUCUAUCAAUAGUUCAUUAUAAAUGUUCUUUGAAGUUUAAUCAAUCUCAUCGAUUAAAAUUAGAAUUAUUUAGAAUUUGAUUACAAAAAUUGAGAUUAUUUUUGCUCCAUUCAAGCAUGAAGGAGAAGCCCUAAUUAAACUUAAAGAUCAAACACUCUAAGUGUACUCUCUUUUGGGGGAAACAAAAAUCAUUUAUCCAGAAAUAGAUGAAGUUUCAAAUUUCUUUUAUAAUCUGAUCAUAAACUAUAGAGAUCAUCAUUUCGAGUCAUAAAUUACCAAUGAUAAUCAAAUCCAAAUCAACUUUAAGAGAUUACCUGAUUUAGAGUUUAUAAAAGUAUUUGUAGAUAUCGUGUUGAUUGCCUAAUACUUUCAUAAACUUGUAUGUAUUAUUGAUAAAGAAAAUUAAAUCAAAGCGAUAAAUAUAUAGCAUACUGAUGAAAUAACAACUAAUAAUAAAUAUUCAUUCUAUUAAUUUACAGAUGACAUGAUAAUCAUUAAUUAUUGCAAAUACUUUGAUUUUAGUUUUUCAAAUUUCAUAUUGGAUUAUUUAAAUAGAAAAUAAAUCAAUUAAAUAAAUAAGGUAGAAUAGAACCUCACUUUUUCUGGAUCACAAAUACUUGAAAAGCAAGUAGAUUUGAUUCCGAAAACAAUAUUUUCAGGCUUGAACUAAACCGAUUAGGUAGAAUUGCUAUCAAUAAUUGAUAUGAAUAUGACAAUUCACAAUUAAGAUAAAGCAAAUCCAUUAGAAUUUAAAGAAUUAAUAUUAAUACCAAAAGUAAAUGGUUUUUAUAACAAUUUAUUCUACUUCAAAAGUUUCCAACAUCCCACGCUUACCAAAUAUAAUAAUCAAAAAUAAAACAAAUAUUAAGUAGGAGAUGAGGUUCACUUUUUGUUGCAUCCAAUUAACUCUUAGAUUUCCUUAGAUCAAUAAUUAUAGAAAUUGAAGGUAAGAGUAGGUUUAAGACAAACGAAGCAAAAAAAAUACACUCUUAGUCAACUGAUAUUUUAAACUUCAGAAGAGGAAUAAUUAAUUACAAAUUGCUUAUUUUUGAGUAAUAAUGUCAUGCUUGUAACAAUUAAAAGUGAGUCUCGAUUGAAAAUUAGUAUUUAUUCAACUUCCUCAAUUACUUUGUCUUAAUUAAAUUAUUAAUUUUCACGACAAUUAAAUUUUCAAUACUAGAUUUAGACUGUUUAAGAUUUAGAAAAGACAUUACACGUUUCAGUAACACAUGGCUAAAAAACUAUAAAAGUAAAACUUGAAAAAGACGAUCAUACAACCUAUGGCAAAGGUAAUAGAUAGUUGAUGAAAAUUCUAUCGAAGGAGGCAAAGAACAAUAAGAAGGAAAUUUAUUAGUCAACGGAAUCUACAACUCAUUCUUCGGAAUUGUAAAGUGGCAACACAAUAAACAUGAUUAGUAAUUAAGAUAUAGCUGCAGCUACAAGGGCAGGAGUAUUGAGGAAGGAUUAUAUCGAGUUUAGAGAUUCGAAUUGCAAUGUAGUUGAAUAAUUUACUUGUGAGAAGGUUAGCUUUGUUCAUUCGAUAUUCUAUCAAAUACAAUAUGUGCCAGAGAAGGAAAGAGCAGAGGAAGGAUUGAAUUUGAUCUGGACUCCUACUUUCAAAGGAAUUUAUCAUUUGCUCAUAGACAACGUGAAAAUUGAAGGUCGCUUUGUUGUUCUAGCAAAUGUGCCAAAUUUAGAAAAAUCAACUAUAGAAAUAUAAGAUAAUUUGGAAGUGAUACCAUUCUGUGAGAAAAUAUUAAUCUCAUUUUAUUUGAAGGAUAAAUUUGAAAAUUGCUAUGGAGACACAGAAAAUCAAAUAUUCUCUGAAUCUAAUUGCAAUGUUAAAUAAGUAUCAGGCAAUCAAUCAAAAUUAAAUUUGACUUUCAAUAAUCUAACAAAAGUUGGUAGUUUGAAUGCUUAUCUUACAUUUGAUCCUAUCGAAGUUUUAGUCUUAGAAGAUACAUCGGCAGUUGAAUUUUACAUAAAUAAUUAAUUAAAGAAAAGUUAAAUAUGGAAACUUUCUGGUUUAGGAUUGGAUAAAAGAAGGUAACGCUUCCAACAAGCCAUUAAUUAAGUUUGGAAACCAACUAGUUAUAACCUGAAUAUCAGUCGAGUUAAUUUCUUGGAAGAUCUUUUAGAAUUGGCUGAAAAGAAGCUCAACUAUCAAUUUAGCAUCAAAUUCAAUAAUGAACCAGGUAUCGAUGCGGGUGGUUUAAAGAGAGAGUUUUAUGAUAUGAUUGGAAAUACACUCAAGGAUGAAAACUAUAAAUUUUUCUCUCCUGUUUCUUCUAAUCAAAGCAAAUACUUUUUGCAUCCAAAAUUUAAUAAACAAAAGAAUAAGGAACGAUAUGCAUUGCUAUUUGGAAAAUUAAUUGCUAAUGCAAUAUGCAAUUCUUAUCUCAUAGGAAUUGAUAUCAUAGCCCCCUUCUGGAAGGUUGUAUUUGAUGAAAGAAUUGUGUUUACAGACCUCAGUCUCAUUUGGGAUAAGGAUACCUAUAAUAAUUAUGAGAAAUUGAAAACAAUGAGUGAGGAAGAUCUAGAGUCUGUUUGUCUUGUGUUCACAUACUCUUCAGGCAACACUGAAUCAGAAUUGAUUGUCAAAGGAUCUUAGACAAAUGUUACUAAGAAAAAUUUAGACUUGUAUCUUAAUAAGACUGCAGAGUAUGUCAUCCAUAAACAGUUUGACAAAAUCUAUAAAUCUUUUAUUGAAGGAUUUUAAUCUGUUUUAGACAUAUCAGUAUAAUAUUGUGAAUAAAAUUUAGAAAUGUCUCUCUUGACUUAAGGUUUGUUAGAAAUCAAAUCUGAAAUUCUACUUCAGAAAUUCACUUUUAGUGGAGGAAAACCAUAACAUAAAUCAUACUUUGAGACCUAUGUGAGUUAGGCUUCUCCAGAGACACUGAAGAAUAUGUUGAAAUUCAUAACAGGUAAUCAAUCUGAUAAUAGUCUAGGUUCAUCUUCUAUUCCAUUUGAUCAAAGUUCUUAUGUGAUUAGUGUCAGAUUUGAGUCAGGACUGUCAGAUCGAAAGUUGCCGCUUAGUCAUACUUGUUUCAAGUCCAUAGAAGUGCCUCUUUACAAAAGCUUUGCUGAACUCAAAUAGAAAUUAGACAUAGCAUUUACUAUUGGAUUUGAAGGAUACGGAUUUGGUUGA